GUUUUUAGGCAUUGAAUACACAUUAGUAAUGAUAGUAUCUCAAUCGAUUUUUGUACUCAUAAUUUACAUUCUGGGAGCAGUAAUUGCAUUUAAACAUUUAAAUAGCACAUAUUCCAUAGGAUUCCCAAAUACCAGGUACGCAGAACCUGUUUUAGACACUGACAGCGAACGCCAAGCUUCAUUUACAUUUGAAGAUAUUGGGGAAGAUGUACGCUCAAAUCUUGCUUCCCUCGGCAUUGUGGAGCCACGUGACAUACAGAAGGCAGCAUGGCACGCCAUUUGCGACACCAAUGUUGCCAAUGUGUUAAUCUCUGCUGAAACUGGCAGCGGUAAAACCUUGGCGUACACAUUGCCAAUACUACAUUUGUUGUCUACCACUGAACGUUUAGUGGCUAACCCGAGGGUAGUUAUGAUAUAUCCUAAUUCUCUGCUUGUUCACCAGGCUCACGGGGUAGUGUCUAAUAUCUUGAGGGGAACUGGGCUUCGAGUGGAAAUGAUUGACGACAUAGAAACCCAGGAAAUGCCAGAUAUAAUCAUGGGUACCCUACCAAAGCUGGAGAAAAAGCUUAGUAUAUACAACCUGAACUUCAAACUUGACGUUUUUUUGAAUAUCGCAUAUUUGGUCUUGGAUGAAGCUGACCAAUUGGUAGAGCAGUGUAAUGAAAAACUACUGCGCCAAUUUUUGCAUCGUGCAAGUCAUAGGGUGAAGACAGUCUUGGCCGCUGCCACAGUCUCUACGGCAGGGCGUCUUAGUACGGAAAAUACUAUUCGCAGGCUUUUUGAAAAAAUCAAUGUCGUUUCAACUGCUAACGUUCAUGCCGUACCCAGACACAUAGAACAUGAGUCUAUAUAUUGCAAAAGCUAUGAGGACAAGAUAACUGCAUUGCACUCUGCAUUGAAACAAGUCCAACGCCAACAGAGGGCAUUAAUUUUCUGCAAAUCUGUUGAAUCGUCAAUACAGCUGUUCACUAGAUUGAAGAAAGAAAACCCGCGUAUGGAUCUCGGUCUUAUUAAUCGUGAUGUUGACGUUAUUACACAGCUGAAGACACUUGAUCCACAGACAGGUAACAGAUACAUAGUAUGCACCGAUGCUAUAUCUCGGGGUAUUGAUAUUGAAAAUAUCUCUCUAGUAGUUCAAUUCGAUUUCCCCAAGAACGUACUGGAUUAUAUACAUAGGGCUGGUAGAGCUGCGCGUAACAUGUUGAAUGGUAGAACGGUUCUGUUGUGGGAAGAUGGUGACAGGGAGUUCUGCGAACUCUUGAAUAAACAUAUGAAUGAUUUACCCUCAUUGUUCAGCCGUAAGCGAGGGCUACGUAAAAAAAUCAAGCGCGGCAUCAGCAUAGGUACCACCACUGUUCCAUGA